CACGAUUCAAACCGCAGUCACAAUGGGUAAGUUGAAGAUGUUUGUUUCUUGCUUGAUUCCUCGUAUCGCGGUUUUAUAUCAUGCGCGGCCAUUGCUGCUCUUUAUAUCACCGUGGUUGGCCAUAGACACGCGUCUGCGCCCAUCGAGGCAACGUGCGUGCCGUUCCUUUGCCGUCUCUGCUCGAGAGUACUGUACCCAUUGCCCUCAAUGGCCCCUCGAGGCUCGGCGGACUCUGGCAGUAGUCGGCUGCCCCAACCUGUCCAUCGUACCCGGAGCCUGGUUCAGCCCAGGUCUAUCCAUGAUCUGAGCAUCCUCAUCCCAAAGCCCGAACACAACAGAUCUUGAACGUGCUCUCAAGCCUUGUCUGUUCCUGCUGUGUCUUGCAUCGUUUGCUGCUGUUGUAUCUGCGCAUGCGCUCCCACUCCUUGGAGUGUCUUCAUCAAUCAAUGUGAUACCACCUCUUGCUUGAUGCAGCCUCCGAGGUCCCCCAUUCCACUCCAACAGACCUCUCCAGCCGCCUCUGCUUUCUCGCGUCGUCUUUCCCCAUCCAUUGCAUUGCAUUAUCGAGCCCCCUUACCUGCAUCUUCCGCCAAGGUCCACUCGACUCUGCCACCACCCCUCCACUAGACAGGUUGACCUCUCUGGCUACCUCAACCAAGCUACCCUCACUCCCUGUUAUUUCAACCACUCUUCCUCUCCUCACCAUUUUCCACCGUUGCGCAUCUUACGCAGAGGUUUAUCCUUUCUUGACUUUUUCCCAUUCUGACGCUCACCUUUCUAUAGCUGAUUCCGGUGAUACUUAUCGACCCCGUGAGAGGUCACGAUCUCCCCGCAGACGAUCCAGAAGCCCUGAAAGGUCACAUCGACGCCGCUCCUACUCUCCUCGCAGCCGAUCCGGAAGCCGGGACGAAUAUCGACGAAACCGUGAUCGCUCGCCCAUGACUAGCACAGGCGCACCAGGUGGAGGACAAAGUGCUGGAUACGGUGGACAGGCACCGCACCGAUCUUACGAAGAAAGAGCCGUUGCUCGAGAACAAAUGAUGAAUAAUAUUCGCGAAACCUCCCAGCAGGACCGCCGGGUCUACGUCGGCAACCUCUCGUACGAUGUCAAGUGGCACCAUCUCAAGGACUUCAUGAGACAGGGUGAGGCUUUCAAUGCCGCGGAAUGCAGGUGGAACUGGGACUGACGAAAUGGUAUAGCUGGAGAGGUGCUCUUUGCCGACGUGCUCUUGCUUCCCAAUGGAAUGUCGAAGGUGGGCUUCAUCGCAUGAUUUUCUUUUUCCUUGGUUGGCUUUCCUUUGUGGCUCUUCAUUCCCUCUUAGCAUUUAUGGAUGGUUGGGUUGACGGGUGGGACGUUGUCCUUGGUUAAUUGUAGGGAUGCGGUAUUGUGGAAUAUGCUACUCGGGAGCAAGCCCAAGCGGCUGUUGCCACGCUCAGCAACCAGAACCUCAUGGGUCGUCUAGUCUACGUGCGUGAGGACCGAGAAGCCGAGCCUCGUUUCAUCGGAGCAACUGGCGGAAACCGCGGCGGCUUCGGCGGCGGCGGCCAAGGUGGUGGUAUGCCCGGUGGCUUCAAUCCUGGAUACGGCGGCGGCGCACCUGGUGGUGGUGCUGGAGGUGGCGGCCGUCAGAUCUAUGUGGCCAACCUUCCUUUCAAUGUUGGCUGGCAGGAUUUGAAGGACUUGUUCCGUCAAGCAGCCCGAAACGGCGCCGUGAUUCGAGCUGAUGUACACAUCGGACCUGAUGGUCGCCCCAAGGGCUCUGGCAUUGUUGUCUUUGAGAGCCCAGAGGAUGCCCGCAGCGCCAUUCAGCAGUUCAAUGGCUAUGACUGGCAAGGCCGUGCUAUUGAAGUCCGCGAGGACCGCUAUGCCGGCAGCGGACCUGGCAUGGGCUUCGGUGGCCGAGGUGGUUAUGGCGGUGGUAUGCGCGGAGGAUUUGGAGGAGGAUUUGGAGGCCGCGGUGGUUUUGGCGGAGGGCGUGGAGGUUUCGGAGGCGGCUUUGGUCGUGGAGGCUUCGGUGGGGGUGCUCCUGGCGGCCCAGGUUUCGAGCCUCCUGCCAGCUCCGUCCCUCCUAACCCUUUCACUGACUUUGCUACCGCCGGCACCGAGAGGGGAGAAAUCAUCUACGUUCGAAACUUACCCUGGUCGACCAGCAACGACGACCUGGUUGAGCUGUUCACCACGAUCGGAAAGGUCGAGCAAGCUGAGAUCCAGUACGAGCCUAGCGGUCGUUCUCGUGGUACUGGUGUGGUUCGAUUCGAUUCCGCCGAGACUGCGGAGACUGCCAUUGCCAAGUUUCAAGGCUACCAGUAUGGUGGCCGCCCUCUCAACCUGAGCUUUGUGAAGUAUCUGAACCAGGGCGGAAACGACGUCAUGGACACAGACCCCCAUGGCGGAUUGACCCAGGAUCAGAUCAUGUAAGAGGAGGGCGUCCGUUCGCACUGAACUUCAUGCAGCUAUGUCACGGUCGACUUUUGUCUUGGCGGCGGCGACCAUCUGCAUCCACACAAUGCUUUUUAUAUCUGGUUGUUUUGUUAUUUGGUACUUUUCGUUUUCCACGUGAGCAGCAAAAGUUGGGGUUUAUCAACGGUGGAAUCUUAACUCACGGAUAGGGGGUCGAAGUCACUAUCACCUUGGAGAAUGAGUCGAUGGCUUGGUCUCUAAUAAGCUGGGAGCGAGGGAGGAUUUUACGAUGGGCUUACCAUACAGAACCGAAUGACCCCACCGUUGACACCCAUAUGACCGGUCAAACGCACGCGGUUAUCAACUAUAAGGUUGCUCAUUGUCAAUGAAGGAAAAGAUGGCUGUUGGCUUCCCCGGAAACAACAGGACUCUACUUAGAAUGUAUGUUGAGUAAUCAUCCGAAGGUUUUUAAGAACGAUGGCAGGUGGUCUUGGUGAAGGGGAGCGUAGGACUUCAACGGACAUGCGUAGCGCCUUGGGGCACGAAAGUCCGCCGGCCGGACGACGAUAUAAGUGAAGGUGAAGGUGAAGGUGAAGGUGAAGGCAUUGGUAAAGGUAAAGGUAAAGUAAAACAUAGUCACAUAAAACUGCAUGGUGAAUGUUGGCGUUGGGGUGAUAUGGUAUAGUUAGUUCAUACGUACAAGGACGACAACUACGGCCUGGGCUAUGCUUUGGAAGCCCUGGCUUUGAGGUGAUGCGCUGCCGUCUUGUUCACUAUCAGGAUUAUAUCGGCUUGAAGAUGACAUGUACUCUUCCAAGCAGUAAUAACGGAUGACCUAGAGAGGGAUCGAGAUCUAACGCUGAGGGUAUGCAUUCUCGGUUCCCAACUCUACGGACU